ACCACCUGUGUUCAUUUCGUGGACAUGGUUGGAUGUGCAGUGUGAAGAUGGACGUGCAGAGAAAAGGGAUGGAUAGAUGAAGGAGCAUGUAGAUCGUGACGACCUCAGGCUGAACUUUCUGCCACGCUUGCCAAGAGAAUGAUGGAGUCACGUAAUCACACCACCUCAUCAACAUCUGCAGGAGGCCAUGCAACACCAGUGUGAGUGACGGGCAGCGUGAGGCAAUGAGCCUCACACCAAACCCAGACAGGGACAGCCUCCCGCUGAAGAAGAGGGACCAAAGACUGAGCUCACUGUCACAUCAGCAGCAGCAGGAGUGUGAUGCAGCAACAUUCAAGGCACCUUAUCCUUACAAGAGCCGUAAUGAGUUCAAGACAAAACACACAAGCCCGUUCCAGCCUGUGCCGAGACGAGUCCCUGCUCUCUACCAGCCCUGGAUGCAGAUUCACACAUCAUCCACCACCAGGUCCAAGCCUCAGGGGCUUUCUGCCUUCAGGGAGCACCACGGCUGGGCUGAGUGGAGAGAGUUCAACCCCCUGCACCCUGGGUGGGACUUUCCAUACCACUAUCAGCACCAGGCACCUGGCACACCUGCAGUCCAUCCACACCACCCCCCUAGCUUCAGCCCCAUCUCCCUGGUAUCCGAGGGUUUCCAACUGGGCGAAGGGUACAACUGGGAGCAGCUCAAGACAGUAAGGGACAAGAGUUUUAACGCAGAGAGGCAAAGAAAUAGCAGGAAUAAAGGACCAUAUGUGAGGAGAAGAGACAGGAAAGUGGAGUCUUUUCCCAGGUUUGAAAGAGCAAGUCCUCCAUCGUUGAGCACUUGCCUACCUCACUCUGCUCAGGAAGACCAACAUGAUUUGGUGCACACACCAACAAACAUUGUCCCACACCUUCUUGAACAUUCCCUCAGAAGAGUGUACUCUGGCGAUGACCCAAACAGCACAUAUACCUCCAUGAAAGAGGACACAUCCACUCUGCCCUCAUCCGAACAGGCGUCUCCUUCUCCUGACCGUUUCCCCUGGCUGCUCCCUCACUUUGUGGCCGGCUCUCUGAUCGAGCUCAGAGACGGGCGGCUGAGACGGGUGGAGCACCUGCAGACGGAGGACUUCCUGCUGGGAUCACUGGCCUGUCCGGACCUGCGCCUGAGCCGCUGCACGGUGCAGAGCAUCUCCCCUUCAGCCUAUAACUCCUCCGUCUCACGCCUCCUCAUUCUGCUUCAUGACCAACAGACGCAGUGGAUCUGUGUGAAAGCUCUCCAAGUUCAGAACACGUACAGAGAGUUUAUAUUCCCAACACGCUUAUCCUCAGGGAGCAAUGUAAACAAUAGAAGCCAGGCCUUAGGAUUUCUCUGCUCUGCUGCUGCAGUCCCACUGUCUAACCCACCUCCCUGUUUGGUCUUUGUGUCUAUCUGCAGGUUGGCCCAGCCAUAUGUCUACCCACAAGCCUUUGUGCAGCCCAGCCUGGUGCUGCCCACUCAAGUUUCCACCUCCGUCAGCAGCAGCCCCUACCUGGAUUACAGCUCAGCCUACACUCAGUACGCCCAGGCCGCCUUUGAGCAGCAGUACCCAUACGCUGCCUCCCCAGCAGGCUUCAUGGGUUACAGCUACACUACCAGCCCCACAGCCUCAGCCGGUCCAGCCGCCGCAGCCACAGCCCCAGCCACCGUCCACCCGACCCUCCCCUCCGCUGGCGGCCCAGCCCCGGCCUUCCUGCACUACGCCCCGCAGCACCACAUCCAGCCGGAUCGUAUGCAGUGAGCUGUAGAGGAAGCUGCGAGGAGAGGGGGUGGUACAGGCGGAGGAGGAGGGGGAGGGAGGGAGUUAUGGUCGCUGACGUUUGAACAGACAAUAGUGAAACACCCUACAGGGUGACCUGGCUGUUGUCAGCAGGGGCUUUCAGGAAAAAGGGUAGGACUAUUGCACUAUACGAUCAGGAUGAGCCAUUUGCUCAUUGGAUAAAGGGUAAGAGGGCAGGCAGGGAUCUGAGGACUGUCGAGGUUCAGGUUGGGAUGCUAAACAGCAUUAAGUAUAUGGUGGCUUCCAAGGGCUUCCAGAAGCUGACACUUCAUUUUUAAUUAUUAUUUUUAUUCUCCUUAAUAUUGUCAUUGUCAUAUUUUUUUGUGUCUAUGUGAUUAUUAUAAAUGUUGUCAUAGGUUGUAGCUCAAUCAGUUCUGCAUGUCAGAUUCAUGGUACAUAUUGAUUAUUGGCGAGCUGUCUGGGACAUGAAGUACCGCUUUCCCCCCCAACUACGUAGUAUCUUGGGUGGAUAUGGAGGCGCAGGGUGGUGAUUGAGAAAGCCUCUCAGCAUCUCUUAAUCAUCCUGUUCAGGUGCAACAUCCACAGUUAGGUGGAGCACUGCCCCACGAACAAACCUCCAGCGUUCAGUGCUUCGCAGGAGGAUGGCGAGAGGUUUCACCUCAAGGAAAAAAUAGCAAGUUUUGGAAUAAAACUGUGGGAGUGACAUUGUUUUGAGAGUUUGAUGUCAGGGCUCCAUUUUUUUAUUAUUUGUUUUAAGUAAAGAGGCCUUAAUAAAGAGAGAACCUUUUUGAAACUCUUGAUUCUUCAAGCGCUACCCCCAUGACAGGACCAAGUGCGGAAAGCCCCUUGUAACUGCUAACUGUUCUCAGCAGUAAGUUAUAUUAAUCUUGCCAAUACUUGGGUCUUGAUCAUUUCAGAUGGAUAUAGAUAAUCACAUGCAGUAUGUGGGAGCGCUGUGUAUCGAUUUUGAAAGGUAGCUGACACUGAGCGCAAACAACAGUGUAUUUUUUUUUUUUCUUAUUUUCUCACUGAGAUUUAACUGUUGCUCUCAAAAGGACAUUCAUGUAUAGCAUUUUAAAAUGUUUUCAGUCAUCCAGUACAUUUACAAUAUUUAUAUGUAGGUAUUUAUAAGAGAUACUAAGUUAAAAUAGCUUUUUUUGUUACAAUGACUGUAGUUGUGGCACUGAUGUCAUUUAAUCUGCAGAUCCAGAGGUGUCGUAUUCAUUUUGUUCCCUCCUGUCACCAUGUUGGUGGAUUUGCUGAGGUGCACAGAACUACAGUAGAUGCUCGUUUGUAGAUCCUCGACUGGUUGCAUCAGAAAUUCUCUAGACUUUUUCAAUAAAAAUGUCUUUUACAGUCCCUUCCAAGAAGCCAUACCAAAAAAAUAAAUAAAGAAUUUGUACUUAAA